AUGGAGGACAAACCUGCAUCGGGGACGCAGGAAGAUUGGGCAUUGUUCGCCUUUAAUCAAGUGUCGGGUGUCAAUGUAACGCAACGAUCAAAGAUCAUCGUUCAGGGAGCAGGGGCGGUGGAGGUCGGGGACCGGGACACCCCAGUCCCGGUCAGGGACGGGAAGCCCUCCAUCACCUGUGAUGGGUUCAGGGUGAAUGGUGGUAUCGGACAGAGGGUGGUGGAAAUGAAUCAGGGACUGAAUCAGGGACUGUGCACCGAAGCAGGCCCAGCCCGCCUCGCCCCCGACCUGCUGGCUGCUGCCGCCCACCAAACCAGAAGAGAAGAGAACGGCCGAGCCCAACCACUCCACCACCACCACCUCUACCUCGGCGACGAGUCCUCUGACCUCCCCUUCCUCUUCUCGUCUCGUCUCGUCGUCAGCUUCUCCGCCUCCGCCUCCGACACCAGACGAGAGGAGAGAGGGAGGGAGGGAGAAGGAUCCCUCCAACCCGACCCACCACCGCCGUCACCACCGCCGCCCGGAUCUCCUCCGACCCCACCGCCGUCGCCGACACGACUCCAGGUCAGGUCAGGGUUGAUGGAUAACCUCUCUCCAAGCACUCUGCUCAACAGUAUCUCGUGUCUUGGCGCCUUAACAUCUGAUGUCUCUACCGUGAGACCCAAGCCUAUUCAGAAGUAUUGCAAAAAUGUAUAUGAUGUCUCAAGCAUCGUUAAUCCCCUUGUUGAGGAUCUUUGCAAGUCUCCUGAAGAGCAACUCAAUGAGGUCCUAAAAGAUCUUGACACUGCUGUCAAUGAAGCUUCAGGCCUUAUUGGAAACUGGCACCAGACAACCAGCAAAAUAUAUUUCGGUUGGCAAAUCGAGUCAGUAAUAUCAGAUAUUCAGGGAUGUUCCCUUCAAUUGUGUCAGCUGGUCAAUUCGCUCUUGCCUUCUCUGACUGGUCGUGCCUGCACGUGUAUUGAGAAACUCCAGGACAUCAAUUAUGAGCGCAUGUUUGAUCUGAUUAAGGAGGUUGCCGUGGAACUUGCAGAGACAAAUGCAGUGGGUUCUGAGAAUCUGUUGAAACUGUCAAGUUUGUUGAGCUUGUCAACAAACAUGGAAUUAUACAUGGAAUCUGUUUCCCUUGAGAAUCUCAGGACAAGAGCACUACGCAGUGAGAAUCGUGAAGAACUGGAGCUAGCUGAGCAGAUGAUUCCACUGGUCAACUAUAUGCAUGACCAUCUUCUCAGGGAAAAACAACAGCUAAGCAUCAAUGGGGUGCCUAUUCCUGCUGAUUUUUGUUGUCCCCUUUCCUUGGAGCUGAUGUCUGAUCCUGUUAUUGUAGCGUCUGGACAGACCUAUGAGAGGGUUUAUAUCAAGUUAUGGCUUGAUGAGGGUUUUACUAUCUGCCCAAAAACACGCCAAAGACUUGGCCACUCCAAUUUAAUACCUAAUUAUACUGUGAAGGCUCUGAUAGCUAACUGGUGUGAAUCGCAUGACAUUAGGCUUCCUGAUCCUAUGAAAUCAUUGAAGUUGAACUUCCCUUCUGCUGCCUCCUCCCUUCAGGAUUCAAGUGCUGCAGGUGGCAGCCCUCUACAUCCUAGUGUUGUGUCAAGGGCUAAUAUUCCUGGGUCCCCAGAAGCUGAUGUGUAUUUGAGAAACUUGAAUGGAGCAUCUCCUCCCCAUAGUUUGGCCAAUCAGAAUUCUCAUGUGCAUGAGGUCUCGACAAGUCAAACUUCAGAAAAUGCAAAUGGUUCUGCACCAGAUGUUUCAAGGUUAUCUCUUGCAAGUUCGGAAGCAAGAGAGUCUAGUUUGGAAGGAAGGCGUGGUGGUUUGAUUGGACAAAUGUCAGAACAUUCUACGGAGGAAGCAUUUCAAUCUUCUAAUUUGGAUAGGGAUCUGCAGGACAACUUGGCUAGCUCUUCAUUGAAUGGUAGUCUUCCAAAUAGUGGUCAACUUGAUGGGGAAUGUGACAAUGGGGUUACAAGGGUUCCAAGUGAUAGGACAAAUUACAGUAGUGAUGCAUCUGGAGAGGUUACAGAUGGUGGUGGUGCGCCUGUGGCCUCUUCUGUUCCUCAAAGGGAACAUUUAAUCCCUCCAAGAUUGGGUCCUAGAGGACAAUUUAUCAGGCGGCAACCAUCAGAUAGGGGUUUCCCCAGAAUUAUAUCUUCCUCAACGAUGGAUGCACGGAGUGAUCUAUCUGCCAUUGAGAAUCAGGUUCGGAAGCUGAUUGAUGAUUUGAGAAGUGAUUCUAUAGAUGUUCAGAGAUCAGCAGCAUCAGAUCUUCGUUCUCUAGCUAAGCACAACAUGGAGAAUAGGAUUGUCAUUGCAAACUGUGGGGCUGUAAACUUGCUGGUUAGUCUUCUUCAUUCACCAGAUGCCAAAACCCAAGAACAUGCUGUGACUGCUCUUUUGAAUUUGUCGAUCAAUGACAACAACAAAAUUGCUAUUGCAAAUGCUGAUGCUGUCGAUCCUCUCAUUCAUGUCCUUGAGACUGGGAACCCUGAAGCUAAAGAGAAUUCAGCAGCUACUCUUUUCAGUCUCUCGGUUAUUGAAGAAAAUAAAGUGAGGAUUGGGCGAUCUGGUGCCAUCAAGCCUCUAGUAGACUUGCUAGGAAAUGGCACCCCACGAGGAAAGAAAGAUGCAGCUACUGCAUUGUUUAAUCUGUCUAUUCUUCAUGAGAAUAAAGCUCGCAUUGUGCAAGCUGAUGCUGUGAGGCACCUGGUUGAGCUUAUGGAUCCUGCUGCUGGGAUGGUCGACAAAGCUGUGGCUGUGUUGGCAAACCUCGCUACGAUACCAGAAGGAAGGAAUGCAAUUGGGCAGGCACGUGGCAUUCCAGCCCUUGUUGAAGUUGUUGAGCUGGGUUCUGCAAGAGGGAAGGAGAAUGCUGCGGCUGCAUUGCUUCAGCUCUGUACAAACAGCAACAGAUUUUGCAGUAUAGUUCUUCAAGAGGGUGCAGUGCCCCCUCUAGUCGCCCUUUCACAGUCAGGAACACCGCGGGCGAGAGAGAAGGCACAAGCGCUUCUGAGCUACUUCCGCAGCCAAAGACAUGGGAAUUCAGCAAGGAGAUAGCCUUCUGAUUUUUCUUUUGUUGUAGUGUACAUUAAGGGACACCUUUUAUGCCCAUCAUCGCGAUUGAGCUCCUGUUGACUGUUGUUGAUUGGCACUGACAGAUGCGGUGGCUGGAAUUAUGCAGUGUCCUGUGCUCUGUUUAUAGAUUGAGAUUGUUAUGCUCAUCUCAUGUAAGUGUUGUGGGCGGUGAGUGUUGUCUGUUGAGAUGGUAUCUUUUCUUUUUUUUCCGUUUUUGAGGAUUUUUUGUAUAGCUUAUCCAUUGGUAGCAACUUACAUAUAUUUUCACCGAUUUUGCCCUGUAUAUUCUAUUAGCUGUGGCCUGUGGAAUUAUGAUGGUUCGAUGGUUGUACAAGUUAUUAUUUGAUCUGUAGUAGUAGUACCAAA